AAAAAGAAUUUUAAAAAAAGAAAGCAUGUUCCAUCUAACAAUGAUUUCAUAGAAAUAUUUGGUCAGUUGAAGUUAGAUAAUAAAGAAAGCUUAUUUAACUCCAUUGAAAGGCAAGAUGAUACAUUCUACGUUGUUUCUUUUUCUGGUGAUCAUUUAUUAUUACCAGCUAGCCAUAAUGCUUCUAAUACUACCCUUCGCCCAAAGAUGUCACUUGUUUUUCCAACUUUAUCAUCAAAUGGUUCAGAUUUCGUCACUAUGAUUCAAAUUGAUUGUGCUGUAACUGAUACAAAAACAUUACAUAUUCGAGACAUUCACUUAAGACAUAAUAAUGAUUAUAAAAAUAAUGUAUCAUCAAACUUAAAACAGCAUCAGGACCAUAAAAACAAUAUACCACACAAGCCCUAUUUUGUACGUCAAAGUUACUCUGGUUCAAUGUUUAGCAAAAUGAAUAAUGAACUUCCAAGUUACUAGUAUUUCAAUGUAUUUUAAAUUUAGAAAUAAUAUCUUAGCAAUUUUUUUUUAUAAUUGAAUGCAAUUUUUUUCCAUAUUAUAAGCAUAUCUAUUAAACCAUAUACUGAUAAUAUGAAUUGUUAUGUUAACUAUUCCUACAAAAAGUGGCAUUCAAUUGGAAAAUUAAAUUAUUGAUAUAUGAUCUAGUUGACUUUUUUUUAGAUAAGUAUCCUAUUCAUAAUUUAGUAUAUAAUAAUGUAGUCAAAUAUAAAAAUAUAAUCUUUGGUAAAUAUAUUUCAAAAUUAAUUUAAUUGAUUUUUU